AUGUCGCAUUACUCGGAAGGUGGUGGAGGAAGCACCGGACGACUUCAUGGCUCUCUCUCACUAGCUAAGGAAUAUGAGCAACUCAAAGCUGAUUACCAAGCAAGUAUAGAGAAGCUCAAUCAAACAAUGAACUCCAUCAAGACCUUUUGGAGCCCUGAGCUUAAGGUAUUGUUUCUCCUUACUAUCAUUCUUAGUGAGAGAGAGCGUCAAAUGCGGAGAGAAGCUGAGCGGUUGUUGCAAACUUCUACAGCAAUCCCGCCGAUUGCGCAGGAUGUCGGGCGUGCUAGCUUGGCCGAUGUGCGAAUUCGUGAACUCGAAGAUACAGUGGCUCAACUGCAGGAGAUGUUAAAAACUAACGAGCAGCAGAUCCUGGGACAAGUUGUGAGCCCAUCGGUUUUGUUCAUAGAUCCUGCUAGUCGUAUGGCUCUUGAAAAUGCACUUCGCUUAGUGGAUGAUAAGCAAGCCAGGAUAAAUGAACUGCAAGAUGAAUUGUCUAGAUUACGUAUUAGUCGAACAAACCAGCCACGAGAUUUCACCGACAAAACCAUUACCAGCCACGAGAUGAUAACGCUACGGAUGAAGAUGGAGCGAUCAGAGGUGGAACUGAGUGAGAAGAAAGCGGAGCUUGCCCAAUGUCAGGCUAGGAUGAGGACUGCGGAAGAGCAAGCCGCUGAUUUGCGACAGCAUGUGCAAUUACUUAAGCAACAGAUUACCAAUAGGGAACAACAGCAUACUCUCAUGCAAGGCGACGUUGAUGCCCUUAGGCAAAAGUUAGAGGGUAAGAACCAGCAAAUGGAGCAAAGAGAUCGGCGAAUUGAGCGUUUGGAAAGUGAACUUGUUAAUAUUAAAGGGGAAAUGGUUGAAAAGAAUGAGCAGCUUCAACAAUCGGAUCACCGAAUUUCCCAAAUGAUAGGACGGAUUGACGGCUUGGAAACAUCUUUACGAGAUAAGGAAGCGGAGCUCGAUAGUGCAAAGAUCCGAUUAUUGAGUCAUCCUGAUGUGAUGAAAGAGAAAGAGCUAAUGGACAAGAUAGAAUUAAUAACUUUCGAAAAGAAACGCCUCGAAGAGCACAUAGAUCAAUUGAGACGUAGUUCUGAGACGGAAAGAAUGGAGCAACAAGAAACGUAUCAGGCUGAGUUGCGACAACUUAGAGGCAACUUGGAAAAUCUGCAGAAAGAGCUUGCUGACCGCGACGUGCUUUUAGAGUCUCAGAACGAAAAAAUUGGAGACAUGGACCGCGAACUUGCUAGUUCACAACAACGUCUACAAGCUGUUAUGAUUAACAACGGGCCAGACGAACUUCGUCGAGAGGUCGAAUCAGCCCGAGGUGAAGUCGAAACAUUGUUGAAAAUGGUGCGUCAACUGGAAAAGGAGAACGCUCAGUUGAGUUCUCAGUGUAAACAGCUGAAGAGCGCAGUUGAUCGUGAUGAUGCCGAUGUGACAAGUAGCGGAACAUUAACAAAAGAUAGACCUAUUGAGCUCCUGAGCUUUAAUGAACACAGAAUCGAGGAAUUGGAGGAAGCAUUGCGGGAAUCGGUGAGCAUAACUGCUGAGCGUGAAGUACACCUUUCUCAACAGAAGCAUCUUCUUCAUCAAGUGAAUCAGCAGGCAAGAAGCCUUGCUAGCGGCUAUAGCCGAGAAGGACACACAUCUCGCACUUCUCGAGAAAUCUCGUGCACCUCGAGAAGAAAUCGACACUGUCCGCAGACACAAGGAUGCUUUAAUGCGCAAACUUAA